AUGGUUUUGGUGGCUGGGAAAAGGGUGAAAAUUGUGAAAAAGCACAGACGUCGCUUCACGAGGCAUGAAUCAGAUCGUUACCAUCGGCUGCGUCCAAAUUGGCGAAAACCAAAGGGUAUUGAUAAUCGUGUCCGAAGAAGGUUCAAGGGACAGCGCCGCAUGCCAAAAAUUGGUUAUGGUAAUGCUAAAAAGACGCGACAUAUGCUGCCAAAUGGAUUUAGGAAAGUACUGAUACACAAUGUCAAGGAUUUGGAUAUGUUGUUGAUGCAAAAUAAGAGGUUCGCCGGUGAAGUGGCGCACGGCGUUUCAUCAAAGAAACGAAAGAGUAUUGUGGAACGGGCGCAACAGCUUAACAUCAAGUUGACCAAUGGGCAUGCAAAAAUCAGAUUUGAGGAAAACGAAUAA